AUGAUCCUGGAAGCCGUUGCUGACUACCGGUUGCGGAUCUGGCAUGCGUAUUUUGAUCUCUCAGGGUCGAACAACGAUAUCAAUAUUUUGCAAUCGUCGCAUCUCAUCAAUGACGAGUGCCAGGAUGAUGGUCCGGAGGUAAGAUUCGUGGCCAACGACAUGCAGUACAAUAGGGCCUACUAUUUGGCAGAUGUGAUAUAUCGCCGUUGGCCCGUAUUUGUCGAGACAAUCCGGCAUUCGGUUGGUCCAAAGAAAUCCUAUUUCGCGCAACGUCAAAAGGGUGCUCGGAAUGAUGUUGAGCGAGCUUUUGGUGUGCUCCAAGUGCGAUGGGGCAUUAUACGGUGCUCGACACGAGUUUGGCACAAAAACGAUGUCGCCGAUAACAUGUAUGCAUGUAUCAUAUUGCAUAACAUGAUGAUAGAUGAUGAAGGAUCAGCUGCAGAGAGCUGGGCAUCGGACGGUGGUGCUAGGUCAAGUCACGGUGUUGCCAUCGCGCCCCUGCAGAUGGGUGUACCAUGUAGCUAUGAAUACUUGCUCCAACGGUUCACCGAUAUGAGCAGGGAAAUAGGACAUAUCCAAUUCCAUGCCGAUUUGGUUGAAGAGAUCUGA